AUGACAGAGGAGCUGCGGAGGCAACUCAUCAAAAAGACUAUAGAAAAGCUACAGAAAGAGUUGGAGGAGGAAGCCUCUAAAACCCCUGUACGAAACGAAUCGGCUGAAACUCAAGAGGAUGAAAAAUCAGGAGAACACUGGAAGCUAGAACAAGAAGAGUCUUGCAAAACUGCUAGCCCUCCCUCUGUGCGAAUAAUAAAGAAGAGCAAGGAAAAAGACUCUUAUGCCGCAGCCUAUGUGAAGCCACUAACCAGAAGAAUCAAAUCGUCUAAAAGCGGGAAAAGUUUAACGCAAAUAAGGCGAGAAAGACGUUUGCUAAAAGAAGCAGAAGAAGCAGCUAAGAAAGAUAUGGAAAGAGGGUACGUCGACCAACGUAGAAAUAAGUCAAGAGAAAGCCGCGAAAAACCAGACGAUAGCAUUGCUGCGUAUAAAUAUCUAUCUAAGAAGAAGUCAGCAGAGGGUGCGAAACCAUAUGAGUCGCGCAGCUCGAAGAACGAUAUAUUGCGCAAUAUCAGUCUAAGUCGCAAACAUCGUGGUUCUAAAAGCGCUAGAUCUUCACAGAAGAAAGAAUCGCUCGUAUACAACGAAAAAUCCGGAAGGGAAAAACCUACCACAAAUGGUGGUUUUCUGGAGAAGUUUGUGGAAUCGCCAAAAAAGGAGCCUGUUGCGCAGUCGGCGGAGAUCGUGAAACUUUCAAAACUACUGGAAGAACCAGAAGAUAAAUAUUUUUCGAAAACUGAGAAAUACCCCGGUGAGCCACUGCUAUCAAAAGAAAGAAACGAAGACGAAAACAAAAGAAAGUCCAAAGAGAUAGUAGAGGUUUUGGAAGGACUUGAGCCUCCCGUACAAGAAAUAGCGAGCAAAGAAGAAGUAUUAUGGAAGAAGAUAUUAAAGGAAUUUGCGGAAAGGUUGAAAGAAGAAGAGGGAAUCUCGAGUCCUACCGGACAGUCGAAAAGUAAAAGAAUGAAGAAAAGCCUGGAAGGUUUGAAACAGGAACUAGAAGUAAAGAAACGAACUAGCCGAGAAGAAACUGAUAGAAGCAAACUUAGUACUGAAAAAGAAGAAAAGGAAUCAAGUAAAAAGAGGAAAUUAGCAAGCAAGAUACGAUCCAGCAGAAGUAAUCCUAAAAGUGCAAAAAUAACAAACUCACUAAGAGGAAGCUCGUCUUCGAGGAAAAAGAAGAAGUCAAAAAGCGAGAAAUCUUCGUCCAAAAGGUCAGAUGAGGAAGUACUCGGUGAGAGCCAAGAAGUAGUAGAAGCAAAAGAAGGAUCAGAGAGGGACAAGAGCAGAGAAAAAUCUAAAGAUACUGGUCUCCUUGAACCCAAAAUCAAGACGUCGCGCUCUAAAAGCUUGGAGGAACGCUCAGAAAAGGAAAGAGACGAGGAUCCAAAGGAGGAACUCGUGGGAUUGGACGGUCGAGAAAUGUCUUUGAGUGAGAAGAAGUCAAAAAGCGAGAAAACAAGGUCAGCUAGCAAGGAAUCCCAAAAAGGAAGUAAGGCUGACAAACCACUAAGCAGCAGCUCAUCUUUGAGAAAGGAGUCAAAAAGCAGCGAGUCCUUGUCUGAAAAGGGACAAGGUUGCAAAACACUUUUGGCACAAAAACAGGAAGUCUACUAG